ACUGCUGCUACCUGUAGAGAAGAGAGAGAGGUAAACAGAGGGAGAGAAAAACGAGACUGAAUAAAACGCUUUUGACUUUAUUGUCCGGUCAGAGAUUUCAUCAAGAAAGGAUGGGAACAUCAGAACAUGGCAGGUUUGCACCGUUCAUUCAUCAAUUCAACAACACGAGUGCUGGUGACGUUAUCGGUCGUUUCCAUUUCUCUUUCUCUCUCGUUCUCUUCAACACACACAACAACAAAAAAAACAUUACUACUCCUGUACCCGGUGGCCGACGGAACUCCUCUUAUCCCACUUAUUUCAUUUUAUUUGGUGGUGGUGGGGUCUCUUCUCGGAACCCUAUUCUCUUCUCCUUUCAGUCUUCUUCCCUUUCUCUCUCUAUGUAAUUUCCGUUUUCAUUUCUCUUCCACCUCCGGCGCACAUUAGCAACAAACCCUAAUCCGAAAAAUCCCCAAAUUCUUUCCAUAAUGGAGGCCGAAGAUCACCGUCAUCACCAGCAACAAAUCAGGCCUUAUAAAGGAGGUGGUGGUGGCAGAGAAGAUUGUUGGACAGAAGAAGCAACAGAAACGUUGAUUGAAGCAUGGGGGAAUCGUUAUAUUCAACUGAGUAGAGGUAAUCUUCGUCAGAAAGAUUGGAAAGAAGUAGCUGAUGCAGUGAAUGAUCGACAGGAUAGUAUUAACAAACCACGGAAAACUGAUAUUCAAUGUAAGAAUCGGAUUGAUACUGUCAAAAAGAAGUAUAAGAUUGAGAAGGCUAAACCAUUUCCGUCUAAAUGGGUUUUUUUCACUCGUUUGGAUAAUUUAAUCGGUAGUAAUUCUUCUGCUGGUGGUGCUAAGAAAUUUAUCCCACCACCAAUUAUAAGGAAAUCGUCACCUGUUAAUUUCAACUUUAGAUCUUCGCAGAAUCUAGAUCGGAACCAGAAUGUACCAUUUUUUGCUUCUGGUGGUGGUUCGACGUCGAAAUCUAGGUUGAAUUCUGUUGGAUCUACUGAGAGUUCUUAUGAUGAUGAGGAGGAAGAAGAGGAGGAUGAAGAGGGGGAAGAUUUGAGGUUUGAUGAUAGUUAUAAGGGGAAACGUAGUGCGGAUGUGGAUGAUUCGUCUGAUCAGACGGCGUUUAAGGAGUUAGCGAAAGCAAUUACUAAAUUUGGGGAGACCUAUGAGAGAAUUGAGAGCUUAAAACAAGAGCAAAUGAUGGCAUUAGAAAGACAGAAAAUGGAGUUAACUAAAGAACUUGAAUUUCAGAGGAUGAAGAUGUUUAUGGAUGCUCAAUUUGAGAUUGCUAAGAAGAAACGCCCAAGACAUUCAUCUGGUGGUACUGGGAAGAAGGUAUAGAAGGGGGAUCGUAGAUUGUUCAGAUACUUUCAUCCGGUAAAGAAAGGAGUGUUUGCAGAUGGUAUUCACGCAUAGCUCUUCCGUGAUUACUUAGAAUGAUGAAACCAAACAUUUGUCGGUGAGGCAUCUUAGUCACUGUUUGAGGGUUGAUAAUUGAUGAAAGCAUAGUAGGCCUGUUUGUAUGUAUUUUGUUGUAAAAUGUAAAUUUUAGACUUCCCUUGAAUCACUGUAAUGCAUUGCUAAUUUUAUAGUGUAUUCCUGAACUAAUCUCAUCUUUCCUUCUUUUAAA